AUCCCUUCAUCUACCAAAAAAUCAAUGGUAAUCUCCACAAAAUUACGAGCGGGCGUGGUUUUGGCAGCGGCGUUGUUGGUUAUGGCCGCACGUCCCUCGAUCUCUUCGACCGAUGCAUCAGUUUACAUCGAGAAUAGUUUGCCGACCAGCGAGGUGACGGCUCGGUGUCAAUCAAGAGACGACGACAUCGGAAGACACGACAUUGCCGUCGGCGACAGCAUUUCUUGGGGUUUCGGUGACAACGGUUGGUCGGAAACGCUGUUUUGGUGCGAUCUGAACGCCACGGAUUACGGGGUUCUUUCUUUCGACGCUUAUAAAGGUCAUGAGGCCGGAGUUCUCUACUAUCAUUACGUUUGGUUCGUCGAGGAAGAUGGAGUUCAUGUGCGAAAUCAGUACGGUAUAGUAGAACCAUUGCCUACCAAGUCGUGGGGAAACUGACUUUGAGAAUUGAUUCGAGCGAAGAAGACAGGUCGAUCUCGCGAGCUAAUUGAUAACAAGGUCGUUGUUGUUGUUGUUGUUGUGUUUUUGUCAGCUCAUGUUGUAUGUCUUUUUACCAGUUAUGUUGUGUAUAUCCGACCUGUCUCCCAACCUCUUUUUUACAGAGCUUAUCGACUAUCAUGAAUCAAUAUCUAAGUUUUCUAUAAUGUUUCGUUAAUACGUGUCUCAUUUUUUUGGAGGUGUCGUUCUAAGAUUAAGGCAGUAUUAAAGGCCAACACUCAAAUGAACUUUUUACAACCAGCAAAGGAGAGACUAGGAAUGAAAUUUUGAAUCCGCUAUGUUCGGCAUUAUCCGACCUGAUUUAAAAUGGGGCGUGUAUUACCCGACCCGCGGUAGUAUGGAGUGCGGCAUGAGUAUCGUGGUACCCUCUCAUUCCGCCCCAUUGCAAUGAUUACUAUGAGAGACGAAGCAUUUUGUCCAUUUUAUACCAAUUUCUUAAAGUAUCUAUCCAUAUUUUUCUUAUUUUGACUUUUCUUCAAUAAAUUAGACUUGGUGUU